AGCUUACACUCCGCAAACUUCCAUCCUCCCCAGCUAACUAAAUCACUCAUUUCAAAUGAAAGAAUUUAACCCAAGUUACUGAUGGUGAACAAUUAGAAUUUAUAUAGAAGUAUAUCUCAAAUGCAUUUAUUUUUAAAGAUGGCAUGUGUGGUUUGUCCUAAAUCUGUAUGCUAUUGAGAAUAUUUCUGCCUUUUCAAAAACCCCUGACACCCAUUGACCACUAAGGAAACUUCAUUUCAUAUUUAUUUUUUUCUCAAGUGACCUACCAGACUUAAAUAGUUGAGUAGAAGUUACAUUUUAGUUGUACAUUUACAUUUUUUUUUUUUUUACCCCCCAAAUUAGAUGCCAGAAAUGGGUUGAGAACUGUCGGAGAGUUGAUUUGGAAGAUAAAACCCCGGACCAACUGAACAAGCAGUACAGGUUAUGUGCUCAACACUUUGAGGAUUCAAUGAUAUGCAGGACUGUAAGUGCAGUUUCUCAGAUGUGUCUUAGAAAUACAUGGUGGGCCAAAAUUCAGAGUAGGGUUUGAGGAGUUAAUAACUUUUUUACUAAUAAACCAAUUUCAAUGAUAUUGCAUACAGUGGAUAUUGUUUGACUAGGUACAGAAGGUGACAUCUUUUAAAGGUUGGGUGAACGUGGCGACCAAUUAAUCUGGGAAUUUCUUGAGAUUUUCCACUCUCCGAACAGUUGUUCAGGAGGUCCAUUGUAGCUCUGGCUGUAUGGGCUGUAGCCCCAUCCUGUUGAAAACACUUUUUGGAUUUUUUUUCCUCUUUGGUCGAAAUAAUGGACCUGCCAUUUUGAAAAUUACCCGUUGUUCCUUUGUGAAGUUCCCAGGAUGAAUCUCCCAAGUCUGUUAUAUGUACCUGCAACAGAUAAAUUGAAGUACUAACAAAUGCGUUCUUUACCUGUCAAAUCCUACUCUGAAUUUUGGCCCACUCUGUUGGAAGAGACUAGUGGCAUUUUAAGUAAUCUAGAAUUCAAACUUUAAAACAAUUCUGUUUUUCACUGUUCCUUAAAUAAACCAAUGUCAAUGGCACAACUAAAUAAUAAUAAAAUUUAGCUUAGCGCACUCUGCUUGAUAUUCCAGAGUGGUAUCACAAGUAGACAAAUUGUUGGCAUACUCUGAAAAAUAGGAAAAACAAGAGAUUAUAUGAUUGUUUAUUUUAUUAAAAAAACUAUUAAAACAAAAUACAAUUAAAAGGAUAAAGUGCAAAGCGCACACUGGGCCCUCUAACCGCUCAUUCAGUGCUCACAACUUACACUUCAGUGGACAGACUUUGUACUUUAUAUUUCCACAUCUGCCAAAGGAACUCGUGCUCAUAAAGGAGAGUCUGCAAAUGUGACUGGCAUCCAGUUUAUUCCCUCACAGUGACAGAUUGAGUGGUUGUCCCAGCAGAGAGCUGGCAGACUGAACGAGCGGUUACAGGGCCUUUGAUUCUUCUUCUGUGCAUUCUGUUUUGAAAUACCAUUGUGGGUAUUAAGAAUGUUUGUAGAAUUGAUUCAUUAAUCAGUUGCAACGUUGAUAUUUAUUUAGGUAUACGUUGAAAUUUGGAUGUUUUUAAAAUUAGGAGCAUUUUGUUUUUCAUAAAAUAAUGUAAAUAGAACCUUUGUUUUGCUUUUAUUACACUGUUACUAAAAGGGAAUCUCCAGUGCCAGGGAAAACGUAUGUUUUCCUGGUACUGCAGGACCCUGUAGUGUCCCUCUCCCUCCCACCCCCCAUCCCAAGUUGCUGAAGGUUUAAAACCCCUUCAGUGACUUACUGGAGUCCAGCACCGAUGUUUCUCGGCGCUGGGUCAGGCUCUGCCUACUGUCCUCCUCCACCGCCCGUGGGGGAGACCCAAUGGCCGCGCACCAAUGGCUGCGCAUGCGCAUUAGACCUCCCCAUAGGAAAGCAUUAUUCAGUGCUUUCCUAUGGGGAUUUCGGCGACAAUGGAGGUCCUCACAUAGCGUGAGGACUUACAGUGACGUUUAAAACACUUUUCAUGUUCUAAGAACACGGAAGUCCAUCUAGUGGCUGAAUGAUAGACAGCCACUAGAGGUUAACCCUGCAAGGUAAAUAUUGCAGUUUAUGAAGUGGUGUGGGUGCCUGGAGUAUCCCUUUUAAAGGAACACUACAGACAUGUAGUCCUAAUACUAUAGUUUUAAAUUAACUAUUUAGGUACAAGCCCCAUUCGUUCGCUUAGGAAACUUUUUUUCUUUCUAUCCACGCCGCUGCUGGCCCCCACCUACAUGGCUGAAAGGGACAGGGCCAUAGACAUCAGAACCACUACAUUAAGCUGUGGUGACUAUAUAGUGUCCCUUUAAUGGGACACUCCAGGCAUCAAUAAAUGUUUUGCAAAAUAUGGUAUAGGGAUCGACCGAUUAUUGGUUUUACCGAUCUUAUCGGCGGAUACCGAUAUUGCAGAUAAUACAUACCAGGACUGCUGGACUCAUUACAAGCCCGGCGGUCCUGGGGGGCCCGCAGCAAGCUCUCACUUACCUUCCCAGCAGCUCCCUGUGUAAAUCUCGCAAGUCCCGCAGCCGUCAGAGCGUUGCCACGGGUUACCAUGGCAACGCUCCGCGCGGCACGCAGGCUGUGAGAUUUACACAGGGAGCUGCUGGGAAGGUAAAUAACAGCUUGCUGCGGGUCCCCACUGCUCAGUACAUGCCACUGGACCACCAGGGAAUACCAUAGCCCCCCUCCCUGGCCAGGUAAUAAGCAGGGGUGGGGGAAAAAAAAAAUAUAAAACAUAUAAAUAUAAAAAAAAAAAAUGCCCCCCUGCCCCCUAUUUUACACAAAUUACAUCCCUUCAGAAACACACACACACACACACUCAUUAUACACUCACUCUGCAUUCACUAUAUAUACACAAAUACAUGUUGAAUCCACCAGACAAACACACACAGCUCCCCUGUCUAAGCACACUGCAUCCACUACAUGUGGCAUGUAUAUUUUGUGCAUUUACCUUUUAGAAAUAGUUUAUUUUUUCAAAAUGGUAAAUGUACAGAAUAUCGGAAAGUUAACGGCUAUCGGCCUGAAAGUUCAGAUUAUCGGCUCUAAAAAAUCAAUAUCGGUCGAUCCCUAAUACGGUACCAUGAGCUUGCCUCCAUAGCCACGCACCCUCAUGCCAGAGACUUCGUUAUCAGUGUACGCACACUCAGUCCCAACAACAUUGAGUGAACUGGUUUUAAUUCACAACCUGGCUGCAGACAGUGAAAGAAACUGCAAACAUCUAGUAAUAUACUCACUAUAUGCCUGUCUGGGUGCCCUCUCCUUCUAACGCAGGUUGUUUUGUUAUUCAGAUCAUUCAGUGCUUUCAGUGGCUGAGCCGUGUGCAUACAUUUUAAGGAAGACUUUCUGCAGUUAGUGGGUGUGGAUAAAGGCUUAUGAAGCAGCAUUCUGAAAAAAAUGUAUUGAUGCUUACAGCCUAGAGAGAGUGUGUAUCUAUAUUUUCCUCUUCACCCGUAUGCUUGUAUACUGAAAUUAAAUCAAAAUAGAUUCAGGUUGGUGCCUAAAUUCUUCACGUAUAUGUAAACUUUUCUUUUAAUCCAACUUAAAGGGAAACUCCAGUGCCAGGAAAACAAUCCGUUUUCCUGGCACUGCAGGUCCCCUCUCCCUCCCAAUCCCGGUUGCUGAAGGGGUGAAAACCCCCUUCAGUCACUUACCAGAGGCAGCGACAUGUCCCACGUCGCUGCUUCUUGGUCCGCCGCCGCUCCUCCUCUGCAUUACAUCGGCCGGUGGGCGAGACUGAUCCCGCCCACCAGCCAGGGAGACAUAAUGCGCAUGAGCGGCAAUGCCGCGCAUGCGCAUUAGAGUUCCCCCAAAGGAAAGCAUUGAAAAUGCUUUUCAAUGCUUUCCUAUGGGGAAUUGAGCGACGCUGGAGGUCCUCACACAGCGUGAGGAUGUCCAGCUACGCUCUAGCACAGAUUUUAUGUGCCAUAAUCCAGGAAGUGCCCUCUAGUGGCUGUCUAGUAGAAAAAAACUGCAAUAAUUACACUUGCAGGGUUAAGGGUAGUGGGAGUUGGCACCCAGACCACUCCAAUGGGCAGAAGUGGUCUGGGUGCCUGGAGUGUCCCUUUAAGCUGAAUUGUUCCCACUUCAGUUUUUUCAUAAAGAUGCAUUUAAUCAAAGGAUGGUUCCUAGCAAUGGAUUGCAUUGCACGAUUACCAUAUGUCCAGGAUAUUACAAGUAAAAUAUGAAGAGAAAGGUCUUUCAGUAUGCUGUAAAUGAGCGUGUGAUAUUGGUCAAACCCUGCAGUUUUGUAUGUAUGACUUAAUUGUCUUGUUUCCAGAGCCCGUACAGGACAGUUCUUAGAGAGAAUGCAAUCCCAACAAUAUUUGACCUCACUAGCCAUCUUGGUAACCCUGGUAGACUGCGGAAGAGGAUAAAAGAGCUGGUAAGUCACUCGCUUUUGUCUAGCACCUGAUAUCACACAAAGAGAUUUGAUUAGUCGAUUACCUUUAUCUGUACUGGGACAAUUGAAACUGAUGUGCUUAUGUUAUCAUAUUGGUUAACAUGUACUUUAGUGUAUGGUCUUUCUUGCAAGAAACUAUUUUGCAGAUUUUUAAUUAACCCCUCUGUAAGUUCAUUGUGGGGUGUUUGUGUUUUUUUUUUUGUUUUUUUUUAACUUUCCUAUGGAUUUUUGGGUGACACUGGAUGUCCUCAUGCAGAGCGUGAAAAAGUCGCCCACCUACCUGGAAGUACCUUUAGUAGCUGCCUGGUUGAGGCCAGUAGAGAUGGAGUUACCCCUUUUUAUUAAAAAAACAAAAACAAAACUGCAAUAAUUACCACUGCAGGGUUAAGGACCCUGUGACACUGAACCCAGGCAACUUCAGUGAGGUCAAGUGAUCUGGGUGCUUACAGUGUCCCUUUAAAUAUUUUCCUUUUUAUUUCCCCCAGCCCCCACUGUGUUUUGGAGACUGAUAUCUACAUUUCCAUUUCUCUAUUUACCUAGAGUGAAGAAGAAAUAAGGACAUUAAAGCAAAGAAAACGUAAGUGUCUCACACAUGGUGUUUAAGCUGUUUAAAAGUAAAAUUAAAAUUUUUGUUGGUGAGAUUGGGAGGGAAAACAAGUAGCAAUCUAUUGUAUCCUUGUUAUGUACAAUAAUAUAUUAAUAUAAGCAGAAUUAAAGAAAACCUGAUACUCAACCAGGUUUUAGCUGAUCCCCUCUUUUAAUGCGGUGUUCUUGGUUGAUAAUCCCUAUAAAUGAAGUUCUUGAUGUCUUCACAUCCAAUGACAGAAUAAUUCCAUGAUAAAAGCCAUUCUUUUAAAGGUCCUGUGAGAAAAUGCAUUAAAAUUCCCCACUCAUUUAACAGUGAUGGUGGUAGUGUUGCAGACUCCAAAUAAGCCGGACAUUAAGUUCUCUUUGGGCUGCAUUGCCGAUUGUGAUGACAAUAUAAAAUAUCUUUCAAUGGUAAAACUCCAGCUUACACUCCAUGUGAUGGUGGCCAAUAUAUUCAUUCAGUCAUAUCCCUAUCCUUUUGUCACAUGGUGCCAGACAGCUGCAUUUAUGUAGUUUGACAAACGUCCAGUCCAAAGGAACAAGCCAAGAUAUUAUUUCUGUUGCAUAACACCUUUGUAGAAGUUUGUAUUGAACUCUUUGAUUUGCUCUGUCGGUUUCCUACAUUUCAAAAAUCUUCGCCAACUGCUGUAUGUGUUUAUAGUGUUCCAUUCAGAUAGAGCCAGCACUUGGAUAUAGCAGAUAUUAUCAGACGCGUGAAUCACUUCAUUAGGAAGAACUGUUUGAUCUUUCCGGUUCUGUGAUGUGAGCAAUAACCUGCCAGUGCUUCACAAAGCUGCCUGUAACUAUACUGUGGAGUUAUGUUACACAUAUCAAUCUGCUCCAUAUUGAUCAUGUGCCACUACGUUCAUUUGCAUCCAAUGGCUUUCUGCAGGGGCACAUUAUGUCAUUGGUGGCCAUACUGUGUGACAGAGGUCAGUGGAUUUAAUUACUUUACCUCCACUACACGUGUCAUGGAAAAAAAAUACACUUUAUACUCACAAAUAUUAAGAAAUAAAUAUAAAAAUAAUGUGGUGCUUACGCUAUAAAAGCUGUCUGUCUAUUGGUCCAUACCGAUCCCCUGUGACCCUAUCCAGCAUUUUUGCAUACUGGCACAAAAGCCACUAAGAGGCAGUUAGCAAAGUAGUGUGCAUGGGUUUUCUUUUUUUUAAUACAUUAAUUUGUAUCAUACUGUGGUGAUUGUAAUUUUUAAUGCGUAUAAUUUGUGGAAUUUUUUUUUUUUUUUUUUUUUUGCAAUUAGUUGACGGAGAGGUUGCAGAGGAUCACAAAUCCAAUAACAAUGUGGAUGUUCAAGUUGUAGAAAUAGGAGAAAACCACUACCCAAUUUUAACAGCAGAGGAAAAGGAAAAUCGAGAUUACCUGAAAUCUCUAUUUGAAAUCUUGAUAAUAAUGGGAAAGCAGAAUAUACCUUUGGAAUGCCAAAGUGCUGAAGUACCUCCAGGAAUUUUCACUCCUGACAACUUCCAAGCUCUCCUGGAAUGUAGAAUUAAUUCUGGGGAUGAGGUCCUGAGGAAACGUUUUGAGAUGACUGCAGUGAAUUUGGAAUACUGUUCUCAAAAGCAGCAGAAACAGAUGAUGGAAAUCUGUGAAAGCUGCAUAAGAGAAGAAGUUCUCCGAGAGGUUCGAGAUGCCCGUUUCUUCUCCAUACUUACAGAUGAUGCAGUCCUUUUUGCAAGUGGAGAACAUUUACCUGUAUUUGUUCGCUUUGUAGAUGAUGCAAACAAUCUCAGAGAAGAAUUUCUAGGAUUCCUGAGUUGUGAAGCUGAAGCAGAGCUAUUCGCUGCCAAUUUUCUCACCACCAUCACAGAAAAAUGGGGUCUGAGUAUGGAAUACUGCCGUGGGCAAACUUACAUCACAUCAGGUGGACUUUCUACCAAAAUGAAAUGUGUAGCAUCACAAUUGUUAGAAAAAUACCCACAAGCUAUUUAUACUCUGGCAUCUUCAUGUGCCCUAAAUAUAUGGUUGGCAAAAUCGACACCUGUAACUGGAGUGUCUGUUGUUUUGGGUACACUGGAAGAUCUAUAUUUAUUUUUUAAGAAAAACCCAAUUUUGCAGGAAGAGCUAGACUAUACGAUAAGUGUACUGUUUCUUGAAAAUGAGGAAAAGGGAGCAGAACUUAAGGAAGUAGUCAGAUCAGAGUGGAUAAGCAGGCAUGACACUUUUGAGAUUAUGGUGAGCCUUCUUGAGUCAUUUAUUCUCUGUCUAGACAAAAUUGACUGUGAUGCCUCUUUUAGAUGUAAUGCAGGGAUAAUCAGCCAUGCAUUUGUCCUCUCAAGUGCCUUGAGUGACUUUGACUUCAUUGUUACUAUAGUCAUCUUAAAAAAUGCCCUCUCAUUCACCAGAGCUUUUGGAAAAAAUUUACAAGGGCAGACCUCUGAUGUUUUCGCUGCAGCCAACAGCCUGACCGCUGUUUUGCACACUUUGAAUGAAGUAAUGGAAAAUAUUGAAGUCUACCAUGAAUUUUGGUUUGAGGAAGCUACAAACCUGGCUACCAAGCUUGACAUCUCGAUUAAACUCCCUGGCCGGUUCCGUCGAAUGCAGCAUGCCAACUUACAGCCAGAUCUAACACCUGAAAGCUUUUAUAAAGAGGCUCUCAGUAUUCCAACUAUUCAGCACAUCAUUCAAGGACUGAAAGAUAUUUUCUCAGAACAGCAUUUAAAAGCUCUCAAAUGCUUGUCCCUCGUUCCAUCUGUGAUGGGCCAAUUAAAGUUCAGCACCAGCGAAGAACACAAUACAGACAUAUACAAAGGUGACCUCCCCAAUCCGGACACGCUGUCUGCAGAACUGCAUUGCUGGCGUGUAAAAUGGAAACACCGAGGCAAAGACGUGGAGCUUCCGUCAAACAUCUACGAGUCGAUCCGGUUGUCUGAUAUUAAAUUCUUCCCCAAUGUUUAUGCUCUUCUUAAAGUUUUAUGUCUUCUCCCUGUGAUAAAAAUCGUAGAGGACAAAUAUGAAAUAGGUCGAAGGCGUUUAAAAGCUUACUUAGAAAAUACAUCCACCAAACAGAGGUCGAGCCACCUGGCUUUGUUAAACAUUAACUUCGAUGCAAAGCAUGAUCUGGACUUUAUGGUGGAUACGUUCAUUCCGGUAUAUGCGGAAAAGACUGGAACGGAGGAGGCUGCUGAUAGAUCAGAGAUGCCCAAAGAGUAAUUUCUCUCUCAAAUUUGGAUAUUUGUCCAAUACACAGUUUAAUUUAAGCAAACCUAUAUAUUUUAUAAUUUUUCUUCAAUCACGCAUAAAACUGCUACAGUUCUUGCUACACAAAAUUGAACACGAUGGCACUUUCCAUUCAAUGUAUUUGUACCUAUACAUUCUGCUAGAGAACGUGCCGCAAAAUGUGUAGAGAAUGUACACUUUUAGAUGAAUAUUUUUGAAUCUCUGGGAUACUUACAUUAUGGAAUACUAACUUAAAUAUUUACCAGACAAUGACAUCGUCAUCUAUGCAUUUUGUUGAUAGCUUGUUCACAUUGAGACAGUUGGAUAUCUCUAGUUAUAGAUUUGUACAAUGCACACGUGUUCACUUGCAUGUUAUGGUUUUUGAGAGAGGUAGGAGGGGGCGGUUAGAGGGAGUCAUGGCACUGUAAAUAAAUGUAUACUAAAUAAAUUUGAUUCAUGCACUCAAAUCUGCCAUGCAUGUGUUUAGAGAUGAUUGCCCCAUGAAUAUGGUAUAUUUUACUUAUUCUAUGGGGAAAAAAAAAAAAUCUUUACUACAUGAUGUAAUGUAAACCCUUUUUUUUUUUUUUGUUAUAAAUGUAUUUCUUACAGGAACAGAUUUAAGAUUUUGUUAAAUGGGAAGUCAUACAAUGUACAGGUUAAUUUCUUGUUUGUAUUUUUAUACUGACAGUUUUUUGUUAAAUGUAUAAUAAAGUGC